AAAAUCUCACUGAACGAAACUAACUUCCGGCACUUUAACAAGGAAGAAGUUAUGAAAAUAUUUCAUUAGAUUUACUUUCUCUUGGAUCACAGGAACUUGUGUACGGACUUAAUGCGUCAUGUUUGACAAAAGCACUUGGAUACGGUUAAUUGCGUGAAUGCACACGAAACACUUGUAGGUCAAAAACACACAGAUACAAAGGUCAGUCCAUACUACAAAGGGAGAAGUGCCAUGAGAGGGGUCAUGAUUAGAUAAGAUCCCCUGCAGUCGAUCCCUGCCUAAAGCUUACACAUUCAAACCCAUUCUGCACUACAGACCAAUAGCUUGCCUUAUGUCACCACCAGGAUGGGAAAUCUAUAUAUGAGAUCAUUAUAAUGAGCCAUGACGUCUAGAUUUGCGUCAUUUAGGAUAAAAAGAUCAUCAUAAGAACAUCAGAAUGUGAUGAAAAAUGUCUAGAGAUCGAUUCUGGUUAGAUCUAAAACAUUUUCAGUGAGAGGUAUUAAGGCAAAUAUAGCAUGUGACGAAUUGAUGCAUUCAGCAAAAAUAUACAUGGAGGAGGUGGAAUUUGUAGAUUUUUAAGUUUUUAAAGUUUGUAAGUUUUUAAUCAUUCACUAAAAAAGUAGAAAAAUAUGAGAAAUUUUCAUUGCCAUGCACAAUGACAUCGUAAAUGUAUAAGUAAAUGUAUUGGUGACUACAUACAUGUCAAGAACUAGUGUUACAUCCACUUAUACCAAGAUACAUUGAGAUAAAGAGCCAUUUGCAAGAUAAUAAGGCAUAGUAGUACAAAAACUAGCCAGACAAAGUAUACUUCAGAAUCAGUAUAAAAUAUUUAUUCCUUGAUGUUAAAGUGAAAAUCUCACUGUAACUAUACGCUACUCUCUGAACCUCAACUAGAGGGUUCCAGGCAGAAUGGAAAAAAACUGAUAAAUAGCUUAACAUAUAUGGUAGCCUCAAACUGAAGUUUUUGUUGGUAUGAGAAAUGAAUGCUUGGAGAGAAUGUGUAUGUAAUACCACUUGAUUAUUAAAGAACACCUGAAUCAAGAUAAACGUCUCACUUAACUUGUGAUAACAGUGGACUUACUUAUCAAUGACACCUAUAAUGACCUGAAAAUAAAUCGUCAGUGAAUUUUUCAUUUUUUAUUUAUUAUUCCUUGCAUUCAUUCAUGAGAAAAUGAAUGGUUUGAUUGUUGCAUUGAAUGGUUAGAUUGUUGCAUUAAAUGGUUAGAUCGUUGCCUUUCUCUUUGAUUUAUACAAUAACAACAUAAGUUACCUAUAAGUGCAUAUAUGAUUUGCUAUUGUAACAUGAGGAUUUCUAGUUAAAAGGAAAUGUUUUUAUAUUUCAAUUGAAUAAUAUUUUGUAAAUAUGUUAAUGCUUAUAAAUACUCUCACAUAUAUUUACAUGUGUAAAUUCUUUGCUUUUAUAAGUUGUUGAUGUACACUUAAACUAGUUAAUAUUUAGUACAAAGUACCUUUUUAAUCUGAUGUCAAAAGUCAAUUAAUUAAAUAGCUAUACAUGUAGUAAGUUAAGAAUAAGAGUUCCUGAAAGUUCAAUUCAGGACAUAUUCAUCAAAAUUAAAUAGAAACUUCAUUGAAAAAUAGAUGUCGCUGUGGCAUACAAAUACACAGUAUGCUUUCCAUUGAAUCCAUGGUGAUGUACUCAGUAUUUUAUAUUGGAGCACUGCUUUCAACUAGAUUUUCACACAAGAAAUAGACUAAGCUUCAGCUGGCUAAGAACACCCUUUACACAUGCAAAAUGUGAACACUGGAUACUGAACACCCCCUUUUUCAUGUUAUUACAUUCACUGCUUUGUGAACAUGAACUUUGUACAUAUUAAUUCAUAUGCCAAAGGAUCUAAAGAAAUUGUGAAAGUUGAACAAUCAAAAUCCAAACAAAAAAUGGAACAAAAUCAAACUCGAAAGAAAGAAAUUGCAUUUCAUGAUCGAGAUUAUGAUUACACUCAAUCCGUCCCAUCCCAGGACUCUCUCAAGCCUAUUAUAGCAUGUGCAGAAUUUCAGGAUAGAUUUACAAGAUCUUUGAAAAUCACACCAGGGACUAUGUCUUCCAUUACUCAAGUAACCAAAAAAUCGACCAGUUCAUCAUCCAAAUAUGGUAAAUCUGCACACGGAGAAGCAGAGGCUCCCUCUCCUGCUAGUCAACCACACCGGACGUUCCUCAGAUCAGAAAGUUCUGUCUCGGAACAUUACGAAGUUGAUAGCGGAAAUGCAAUAUAUCAGAUUCACUUUGACAGUACAUUAAGUGUGUGCAAUACAUUCUGGCGACCGGCCUUAACAUUCUCGCCAUACAAGUAUGGUGAUAUGGUGCUAGAGUUUGGAGAUAUUUGGCCUGAUGACUCCACCCUUCCUGGCUUAAUGAAGGAGGCUUUCCAGAUGACUGCCUUAAGACGUUCAGUUCUUGAGAUAUGUAAACUUGUCCUGAGGUGUGGCCCUUUGAGGGUGCUGAAGUUGCUCUUAGAACAGAGAGUGAUAGGCAUAGAUCAAGUUUUUGAGAAUGGGUCCAGUAUGUUACAUAUUGCGUGUAUAGCCCGCAACAGUGAUGCAGUGCAGCAUCUUUGCAGCCUAGGAAUUAAUCCAAAGAUUCAAGAUAAAUAUGGUCGUACUGCAGAUCAAGUUUUGUUCUGCCCAAAAAUUCGCAAACUACUCCCAGCACGUUAUCUUAUGAGUCCUCCGCGAGAUGGUCGGAGAUCACAACCACCUGCAAGUAUGCAUGAUAAGGAAACAAUGUUUCAAAUGGCUCAUUCAGUAAAAGAUGUUGAUGAACUGGAGAUUAAAUUACAGACACUUGACUUUGAUGUGAACAGUGAAACCAAUAGCAAGGGAGAUUACCUCAUACAUGUUGCAGCACGAGAAGGUCUAAGUCAAAUGUCUUUCCUGAGAUGCCUAGCGAGGAUCCAAGAUGCUGACAUUGAGCUCCAAAAUGCAAAGGGAAUGACCGCGCUGAUGAUAGCCUCUGAGAUGGGUGAUGCUGUACUAGUUGAUGUCUUGUUGUGCCUCAUUGGGUCCAACCCUAACACCCCUAACCGUUCUAAUGGUUGGACAGCACUCCAUUACUCUGCUAGAGAAAAUCAGAUUGAUGUGGCAAAUUGUUUGACAAAACGUGGUGCUGAUUUUAAUUUGGAAGACUUUGAAGGCCGAAGAGCUGAUGAUAUUGCUAAGCAAUAUAAUGUCCAAGACUGCAGGGAGGUCAUUGAGGCACAGAGGGUGUUACGUAUUGAGAGUCUCAGUCAACAAGUACAACAGGGUGAACUUACCUCAACUAGUCUUAGGGUGACAGAUCUUUUCAAUGUAGACAGGGAGGGAAACACAUUGAUCAUGGCAGCUGCCACACAUAAUCAGUGUGACAAUCUGGAGCUCCUAAUACAAAGGGAAGCUAGUCCAAUUGAUGCUCAACAUGAACGAACGGGUAGAACAGCACUGACGAUGGCAGCCAUGUUAGGCCAUGAGGAAGCUGUACGACUUCUUUUAAAGUAUGAUGCUAAUCCAUCCAUUAGGGAUAUAGAUGGCUACCUUUCCCUCCACUAUGCAGUACAGCAUGGGCACUGUGAGACUGUUAGAGCCAUACUGAAAUAUCCCAGGGCUUUCAUGGGUCUUGCAACAAGUUUGAGAUUAACAAAUGACCUAGUGAUGCAAUCCCUUAUAAAAGAUGCCAUAAAUCGACGCCAAGUUGAGAUUGUAAACCCAGAACUUUUUGAAUGUGCCUUAACAGGAAAUGCUCAACAAUUAUUUUGUGUACUUGAAGAAGGCGACAGCGUAAAUCCAUCUAGUGGGGUUGGAGACUGGCCUUUAUACCUAGCAGCUGAAAAUGGCCACAUUGACGUCAUUAAACUUCUGUAUGAAAAAGGUGGCGAUGUUCGACGCCAGCACCCUAACACACGCAACACUCUCCUGCAUGUUGCAAGCUCUCGAGGACAUUUAGCUGUUGUGAAAUACCUGGUGCAAUUCUGUAAACAAAAUGGCUACAACACUCCAUCUGUGAAUGGCCCCUCACACUAUCGGGAGCUUCACAUAAAUGUAUUGAACAAUCAAGGCAAAACUGCAUUACAGUUAGCAGCUGAGAAGGGCUACAGUAAGAUAGUGAAGGAGUUGCUAAACCAUGGUGCAACUACAGUUAUCUUAGGUCCAGAUGGUCAGUUAUUCUCCUGUAUGGUCUACCAAGGCAUACAAGUCCUCAUUGAGACACACAGGGAAAAGCAUACCACUGAAAUCAUGAAUUGUAUACAAGAUACGAAAGCUAGGAAAAGUUUCUCCCAACUGAAAAAGAUAUGGCAGCCAAGGUUUGAUCAUAAUCUACGAGACAAAUCAGGUGAUUCUCCUCUCAUGGUAUCCUGCUCAGCAGCUCGUCUUGAUAUCCUCAAAUUCCUGCUUGAGUCUGCUGUCUAUGAUAUAGAGGGCACCACUGCUGACUCAAGCUAUGACGGCUAUGUUGAUGACUCUGAUAAUGAUUCUGGCGUUUUAGAGAUUACAAGAUCACAGAAGUUCACAAGGGAACCGAAGGGUGUCCACGAUGAUGUCUCAAUGCCUGAAGUGGCCAGUGACCAGGAACCUGUACCCAGUGCCCACUAUACAUUUCCAUUCUCCAAGCGCAGAGGACCACCAGAGUCGCCCACUAGGGAAAAACAGUUCUCUAUAGCCAGUGCACAGUCAUCUGCUCCUCCAAGGUCUAUGCCAGGAGAUAAUUUCAAAACAGCCAAAAGAAGAUUAUUUGAACAAACAAAGCAAACAAACAAUUCUGAGGGAGACCUGAAGCAAUUAGAGGCCUCAUCAAGUACAAAUAUGUUGAACAGUAUAUCAACAAUGUUUGAUGACAUCACUAAACAGAGGGCAGGUGUAUUUACUUCAGAUAAGAUGGUGAGUCAUGUGUGUGCUGUGAAUGCCAAGGAUGGGGCAACUGCUCUCCAUAGAACCAUCCAGAGUGGAGAUCAUUAUCAGAUCAUCCUCCUGUUAGUAGAAUGUGACCAGACAUGUGUCAACAUACAAGAUGAUCAUGGUCUUAGCCCCAUACAUCUGGCAUGCAAACUGGGCAGGAGGAAAAUUGUUGAAAAAUUGACAGCAAUGCCUUAUGUAGAUCUGAACAGUCGCACAUUGGAUGGUAAACUACCUGAGGAGAUGACAACAAAUAAGCUGUUUAUUAAACUCAUUACUGACUCAAGACUUCAACAUCCAUAUAAGCCUCCACAAAUGUUUACUUCCUGUCCACUUGGAUUCUCCUCCAAUACAGAAGAGUCCCCAAGUGUUGGGGCAGGAACUAGCGUAGACUUUGAUAAAAUCAAUACACGCUUCCAAAUGAUGAAAUCACAAAUGGGCCCUGAUUUAGCACAAUAGAUACACAUUUCUUACAAAGGAACAGUAAUGGAUUGAGGCCCUAAGUGAAACAACUUUUAAUUCUGGAAUCAGUGAUCAAGCCUACAUGUACAGUAAUUGGGAACUGAUCUCUGUUUCUUGUAAGACCAAUGGGAAGUGUGGA